CCGAGUGAGUUCGUUCGGAAAUCGUAAUCGUCGGUCUCGUCUUUCGUCUUUCGUGUCUGUGCUCUAAAACUGAGUUCACUCGCUUUUUGUUGUUAUUUUCCUUUGAAAACAAGCAAACAAAACAAAAGUUUCAAAUCAAACAAAAUACGUAUCCUUUCGUUUAAUCCUUGCUACUACCACUACUACUUUAUUGUGAGUGAGACUCAUUGAAUAAAAAAAGUUUGCCUUUUUCGAAAUUAGUCCUGCGCACGACACUUGCAAGGAACGUGUUGCAUUUUUGUUGUUGAGUGUGUUGUGUUGUGGAGUGUGUGUCUCUCUCUCUUUUGGAGGAUUAGUUGCUCAUACUACAAUCAGUAUUUUUUAUUGUUCAUAAAAAACAUAAAUAAAAUAAUCAAAAAAUAUAAAAAUAAAAAUAAUUCCUUUGUUCUUUGAUAAAUUAAAAGAAUUUAAAAAGAAAAUCCUUAUCGUUUUGCACUCGAGUGGGUUCGUCUUGCUAUACUUGAGUACGACAAGUAUAUGUUGUUGGAGGAGAGUUCGCAUGUUAUCCUCGCGUUUGUUGUGUUUUCGUUUUUCCGUUCCAUGUAUUCGUGGGUUUUGUGUGCGGUAAAUUAUGUUAAUUGCUUUUAAAAGUCCAAGAGAUGAGUGAAAUCAAUGAAAUUUUAAUCAAAUAUAAAAUCUAAAAAAAUAUUAGUUAUUAGUUUUGUAUCCAUUUACCAUUAAUUUCAUUUGGUGGGCAGUUUAGUUUUGUUAAAAGGAAAGAACUUCUCAUUGUCAAUCAAUCGUGUGUUGUGAAUCCUUUAUUUUCUUUUAUUUUCGUCGGUUGAUUUCGUAGGGAGUAUUUUUGAGAAAUAUUAGAUUUUUCAAAAUUUUUAGUCCUCAGUCAGUCGGAAUCGGUGUGAAUAAGAUUAAAGAGUGUAAAUUAUGAGGACUACGUACAGUCUAUGGAUGAUUGUGAUCCUGUGCACAAUAUUAUGGAUUACCGGAAGCAGUUUUGGAAAAUUGGGGAAAAUAACGGAUCCAGCUAAGAUUUCCGAUGAUACUGUGUACAAUUACCUAAUGGAGUUUGGAUAUCUUCCAAAAUCAGACAUUGAAACGGGAAACUUGAGAACUUUGGACCAACUGAAGGAUGCCAUUAGAGACUUGCAGAAAUUUGGAAACAUCCCAGAAACAGGUGAAAUCGAUAACUCCAUACGGAAGCUGAUUUUGAGACCACGUUGCGGUGUGCCUGAUAAGAGGGAUACACAAGAUUUCUCGCCGGAUAAUCUGGGAGGCAGCAGAUGGUACAAGGACAGUGGGGGAGGUAGGCGGAGGCGUCCGAAGCGUUUCGCCCUCCAAGGAGCCAAAUGGGAUCACACCAACUUAACAUGGAGUUUGGUCAAUCAAACCAUGACGACAAUGAGCCCGGGUGAAGUGAGAAAAGUCCUGACUAAUGCUCUGGCAGUUUGGCAGAGGAAUUCGAUGUUGACAUUCAAUGAGGUGAACAGCAACCAGGCUGACAUUCAAGUGCUUUUCGCCAGUAAAAAGCAUGGUGACGGAUAUGACUUUGAUGGUCCUGGCAUGGUUCUGGCGCAUGCAUUUUAUCCGGGUGAAGGUCGUGGUGGCGAUGCACAUUUCGACGAAGAGGAGAGUUGGCUUCUAAAUGGUUCGCCUGAAGAUGAGGGAACAAAUCUUAUGGGAGUAGCAGUUCACGAAUUCGGCCAUUCUCUAGGAUUGGGUCAUUCAUCUGUAGAAAAUGCAAUUAUGUACCCUUGGUAUCAUGGCUAUCAGACAAAUGGCGGCCUUCCCGAAGAUGAUCGGUUAGCAAUACAAAAUCUCUAUGGAUAUCCCGGGAAACAAUGGGGCCCACACAAUCCCGCUCCCCAUACUACAACCACAACUACCACAACAACUACAACUCAGAGGCCAAUUGUAUACUAUCCCCAGCCGGGCUAUGACUUUCCAAGAAAUAAUCCAAACAAUCCCGAUUACAAUCCACAUUAUCCACACUACAAACCAAACAACAACAAUCCACGAUACAAUCCAAAUAAUAAUCCCUAUGGACCGAAUGAUCCACGAUACCCCUAUUCAAAACCAACUCGACAUUCACCUCCACGAACUCGACCGGAUAGUGAUUAUCCUCCUCGAACACCACCACCGCGAACUCCAUCGCCAAGAACACAUUCACCUCGAACACAUUCCCCCCAUCAUACAACCCGAACACCAUUCCGAAGAACAGAAAACCAUCCAAGAACCCGAGUACAUCAUUCAAGACCUACACACACGCCCAGGCACCGUCCAACGGUGGACACACAUAAGCCCGAUAGUUGUAAAACUUCUUACGAUGCUAUUUCUAUGCUUCGGAGGGAGCUAUUUAUAUUUAAGGAUCAGUAUUUAUGGAGAAUCGGAGACAAAGGACUGUAUCCAGGAUACCCCAAUGAAAUUCGAAGGCUAUGGAGUAAAAUUCCCGAAAACUUUUCGAAAAUCGAUGCAGUCUAUGAGAACACUCAAGGAAAGAUUAUCUUUUUCAUUGGUCGUAUGGUCUAUGCAUUUAGUUCUACUGAACUAGCACAUGGCUAUCCCAGACCUCUUACUGAUCUCGGCCUCCCAAGCUAUGUCGAUCGAAUCGAUGCAGCACUUAUCUGGGGUCACAACAAUCGUACCUACCUCUAUAGUGGCACCCUCUACUGGCGUUUCGACGAAGAAGUUGGCAGAGUCGAGCUAGAUUAUCCACGUGAUAUGUCCAUUUGGAAUGGCAUUGGCUAUUCAAUCGACUCAGGCUUCCAAUACACAAAUGGAAAGACUUAUUUCUUCAAAGGUCUUCACUAUUGGGAGUUCGAUGAUGAUAGAAUGCGUGUAGCACAUUAUAGACCAAAGCUAUCAGCUCACAAAUGGAUGAAUUGUCCAAAAAUAGAAUCGAAUGAAAUCGAUCAGAAUCCUUCGUUUAAUUCACCCUUGGUAUCGGAGAGAACGGUUCCUAUUUUUUCGGAAGCUUCGACGUCGGCGUGGCGGGUUUCGUGGAGUUUUGCUAUUUUAGGAUUGAUAGUUCCAUUUUUGAUGUAAAUUUAGUUUAAACAAAAAGAAAACACAGCUUGUAUUUUUAUAGUUAGUAGGUGCUUUUAUUUAAAUUGAUUUAUUUGAAGGCGUUGUUUCGUGUUAUUGUUGUUGAACUCUUUGAAAGAUGUCUUAGCAUUUAAGCGAUUUGUUUUGUCUUGCAGAAGAAGUCGGCAUUCUUAAUGACUUUAAAAUGUUAGUGUUUCUGAUUUGUUAAGAAAUAGAACAUUUUAAGAACAGUCUAGAAGGAAGCCGUUUUAGCUGCAGCAGGACUAGACGAAAAUCCUACAUGUUUAAAACUUAAACCAAAGUCGUAAUGAACGCUUUACUUUUCAGUAAAAGCUCCGACACAAAGAGAUUCGAUCAAAAAUAUAAAUUUGCUGCGCCUUCAAAUUGUAGGCGAGAUGUGAAAUGGAAUCAAAUAAUGAUAUUUGUUUCGAAACUAAUCGAGAGUGCUAGGAUUUUAGAAAGAAUAACAAUAAGAGAAAAUUAUCUAGGUUUCCAAUCAAAAACAAAAAUAUUCACAAUACUAAAGUAUUUUAAAAUAGUUAUGAUAUAAUAAAGCAUUUUUAAGUUUUGAACUGUGAUAUGAGAAUGCUUAAUAGCUUAGCAAUGUAGUUUAAGCAAGUAGUACUUUCAAAGUUAAAAGAUGGUAGGAUAGCAUACAAUUUCUGUAGACCUAGCUUACCAGUGCCCUAUUACAUGUGGACUGCUAGUAAACAACUACUUCUCUUUGGUGCCAUCUGUUGCAUAAUGCCACAAGCCCUUCUGUAGGUUCAGGGGAAACAUGAAGAAACUUUUGAACUUAAUUUUUGUAUUAUGUUUUUUUGUUGUCAAAAUUUUAUAUUAAUAGAUGUCCUCAGUUUCUUUGACCAAAAAAAAUGUUUUAAGCAAGAAAACCACAGAUUGUGGAUUGUUUCCGUUGGAAUCUCUUUAGAGGGGGAUUUUGUAUGAGAAUUAGUAUCGACUAGUAGUCUAUAUUUAGUAAGUCAAUGUAGCUAGCCUUUAAUUGCUACAGCUUUACUUAUUCUGUUCAAAAAUUAUUGUUUGAAGGCUUAUCCAGCCAUUUAAAAAUAUCAAGAAGAUCUUAGUUGUUUUAACAUCUUUUGAAAUUAGCAAUUUCUUAAGGGAAUUACAACGACAACAUUCUAGUACAGUUGCCUCCAAAUUGAAAUAUUAGCAAGGAAUGAAUAUAAAUUAUACACUUUUUUGGAAAACAAACUAAAUCUGCCAAAAUUGCAUUUAACUUAAAAGACAUGUUUUAUUUUAAUACUACAUUUGACUUUUUAACCCUGUAGGGAAGUUCAAUUUCCCCUAAUCUCAAUUUUUGUAUCAUCCUACACUAUUUUACAUUUAAGUUAAAUUUUUAAUCAAUGCACUUUCUUCAUAGUUUCGAAAAAAAAUAUUAUUACAUAUUUUAUUUUAUUUCACUAAUGGAAAGUCUUAUUAAUUCUUCUUUUUUGCGGUUGUGCCUUAAAUUCAUUAUAUUGCAUAAAACUUACAUUAAAAAGCUUUUUACCAAAUUUGCCUCUAUAAAUAUAUUUAUAGCCAUCUUUAUAGUGCCUUAAAACAUAAAAAAAAAGAAAAACUGCAGCUAGGAAAUUACACCAAAGUUCGAUCGAUUACCACUGCUUUGAAAAAAAAAAUAAUUAAAAAAUAAAAACAUUUAUUAUUAUAAAUUCACACAAUGCCUUUUGCUGUGCAAGCAUCAAAUUUUUAUUCAUACACUUAACUUAUUUUAUUAAACAAGAAAAUAAAAACAAAACUCCAUCACAGAAGACAAUUUCCAUUAGCCGUCUACAGAGUUAAGAUUAUUAUUUUUUGUUUUUAAGUUUAUGAAUAUAAUUAUAAUUAUUAAGAUUAUUAAGAUUUAGCCGUAACACAGCCAUUUUGUUUUGUUAAGUUAAUGUGAUACUAUGUUAAUGUCGAAAAAAAAGAAAAAUAAAUAAAAAAUGUAUAAAAUUCAUUAACUCGAAAAAGUAAAUAUAUACAUAAUAUUAUGUAAACGAAGAAAAAUAAAAUCUAUUGUAAUUAAAUUAAUUUUUAAUUCACGUUGUUUAAGAAAAUUAAACAUAAUUUUAAUCAGUUGAUUUUAAGAAUUUAAGUAAGUUUUUAUUUUUAUAUUUAAACAAAAAUUAUAUGUAACUGAAGAACUUAAAUCACGAUAUACCAUAAAUGAAUAAGUGACAUGAACAAAAGAAAAACUGUUGUGAAGUUUAUAGCAUAUUUAAUAUUAUAAACAAAUUUUAACUAUUUAAAAUAAAUACAAAACCAAAAAAAUAAAUAA